CUUGCCUCUCUUUCUGCUUCAUCCACCAAACGACACAACCGCCGCCGACUAACCCCCAGAGACGCAGCCGACAAUAUCAACAAUGGCCCCUAAGGACGCAAAGAAAGGCGGUGCCUCCAAGGCGCCCAAGGGCUCCAAGCAGGCCCAGGCUGCUUCUAAGGCUGCCCUCAAGGGUGUGCACGCCCACAAGAAGGUCAAGGCCCGCUACACCACCAGCUUCCACCGCCCCAAGACCCUGCAGCUGUCGAGGGCCCCCAAGUACCCUCGCAAGUCGGUCCCUCACCUGCCACGCCUUGACGAGCACAAGGUCAUCGUUCACCCGCUGAACACUGAGAGCGCCAUGAAGAAGAUUGAGGAGAACAACACCCUGGUCUUCAUCGUCGACAUCAAGGCCAACAAGGCCCAGAUCAAGCAGGCCCUGAAGAAGCUUUACGACCUUGACGUGCUCAAGAUCAACACCCUGAUCCGCCCCGACGGCCAGAAGAAGGCUUACGUCCGCCUGACCCCUGACGUUGAUGCUCUGGACAUUGCCGCCACCAAGCUGGCUCUUGUCUAAGUAUCUUUUUGUGUGGCUUUGGGCUGGUUGUCUUGUUUUUAACGAGGGUUUAAGGGGAAAUGGAAAUACCAUGCAUUUCAAAACGGCGUCAUAUAGGCUUCUGGGUCAUGACUUCAUGCGGGCAAAAAAAGCAAUUUGGACUUUCUACCUUUUCCCGGAAAGCAAACACCUCUUGAAGGCAGCUCUGAUGAUUUCCCUGCACGCGUUGUGAAUGCAUGUUUCGUUGCCACUGGUGUAUCUAUGCUUCUCCCCAUUGAAUGGCCGACUAGAUCUCUUAUCCGGGUCUUUUUUCGUGCCCUCGAGGGAGGGUUACGUAUGAUUCGCAGUGUCUAUCAUGACCAAUCCCACUGUAUGCGUAUCGUACAUUGGAGUCCGGCAAACUAGGGAGCCGUUGCUCUUGUGUCGUUGGAACUCGAUCAAGACGGCGAGAAGUGAAGUCUCAUCAUCCAUUAUAGGAGCGGCUCCGCGCCCCCCUCUCGGCGCUUAUCAAAUCCCCAUCCAUUCGUUCUCUACCUCCUCAGGGUGCUGAGAUGCUGCAUCGUCGCCAGGUUGACGUCCAGGAACCGGUCGACGCAGCUGGUCAGGCACUGCUCCUCGCUCUUUUCCAGGCCGUUGCCCUUGAUCGACGUCACGCACUUCUUCCAGCAAACUUCGGUGAGGUUGUGUGUUUGGCUCUGGACCUUGGUCCUCUGUUGCUCGUUGUUCACGAACUGGAGGAGCUCGGCCUUGUCCUUAGGCUGGAGCUUUUCAACGUCGGAGGCGUCCAUUCUGAUGGCGUGUAUAUGUAUUUUUAUGGGUUUGGUGUUUUGAAGCCGGCUUGCGUUUUGCUGGUCGAUUGACGAUUGAUGUUUCUAGGUCUUAA